GCGCGUUGGCCCCUUCGGGGGAGGCCGGCGCUCGGAGAGGGGGCCUGACAGACCUCUUUUGUCCCCCUUGCCGCACCGGUUUCUCAGCGCGGCCGCCGCCGCGCGUGAUCGUGCGCUCCAGAAGCAUGACGCGGUCCGGCGAAGCCAUGUCGGCGACUGACGUUUCUGGGAGAAGCCCGCGAACGAUGCAGCGCAGGUGACCCACCGUGUUGUCGUACACUAUGCUGCUGUUCCUGCUGCUCGAGCUGUGCUCGGCAGCGGGUCUGGGUGACCACAGGGACCUACAUGCCCCGUUCAACAUGGCAGGGGUGCAAGGCGAAGUUCGGCUGAGCCCGACCGAUUCCACCAGCGUCAACAUAACGGUGCGUCUCGUCGGGCCCCCAGGCGAGUUCAGCUGGAGCGUGCGCGAGAUGCCGGCACUGUUCGAUGCGGCGUCGCCGUGUGGAGACUUGGGCCGCGCACGCCACGACCUGUCGCGGCGCCACGGGCCGCUCGAGCUCAACGGCACCGAACUGAGCUUCGAGGACGAUCAGCUGCAGCUGCAGGGCUCGGGAAGUGUGUGGGGCCGCGCGCUAUUGCUGCAGCAGGGCAAGACGCAGGCAUGCGCCAACCUGCUCCUCGAAGAAGGUUCGCUCCACUGGGCCGAAGCGCUGUUUGCUGGCCCACGUGUCGCCGGGCGCGUGCUCUUCCUUGCGUCGCCCAGCGCGUCGCUGCUGACCGUGCUGCUCUUCCAGGCAGGCCGCUCGUCGCGAUACACAUGGCACCUGCUCGAGGCCGACGUGUUGGAUGCGGCACCCGGCUGCCGCUUUCUGCAGAUGCUCUACGAUCCGGACCGCGCUGACGGCGAAGGCUGCGGACGGAGCGCGCACGAACGUUGCCGUGCGGGUGAUCUGACCGCCAAACACGGGCCCCUGAGCGUCGGCUCGCCGCGCGGAUCGCGCCGCGCCGUACUGGACACGCACUUGCCGCUCGGCCACCGGCGGCUCUUCCUGGCGCUUCGCGAAGAGGACACCAUGGCGUUUGCAGCGUGUGCACCGCUACGCGUGCUCGAGGCACGCACAGUGCAUGCCAAGUUUCCGGAUGGUGGCCAACUCAGCUUCACCCAGCAGAGCCCCUUUCAGCCGACGCUACUGCGCGCAAAGGGGCUGCUGGGCGCCAGCUUCGCAGUGCAUCCGGCCCCUUACUGCGAGGGACCACUGCGUGGAGCCCCGGCCUAUCAGCUCUUGGCCCCAGUAUCUCUGGAACCGCAGCUCGUUCUCUUCGGACCCCGUCGCAUCAUCGGCCGCUGGAUAUCCGUGACGCGUGCCGAUGGCGGCCAGGCCGAGUGCGCGCGCGUCGGUUUUCCCGGACCUACUGUGGUGGGCAAGGCAACCUUUCAUUACCCCGUCUCCGGUCAGGUGUUUCUGCGUCAGGACGCCGAUGACGAACAGUCGGAGACUGCUGUGCUCGUUAAAUUCGACCCGUACGGUUUCAAUGACACCACCCAGUACAAACUGCAGGUGCACGAGCGCCGGCCGGGCCGUGACUUUUACAACUGGACCGCGCGGUGCGUGAGCGCCGGCGACGUAUUCGACCCCCUCAAGGUGGGAUCGGGACCGUGUCCACAUCCUUUGCUGUGUCCCAUUGGUGCCUUGACAGCGAAGGGAGCCAAGUUGACGGUGCCCAAGAACUUCUUUUACACGGACCUACACCUGCCGCUGUCGGGUCCGAACAGCGUACUGCAGCGUUCGAUGGUGCUGCACGACAGUGGAGCACCACCGCACCGCGGUGACCGGCUGGCGUGUGCCCAUGUGCUUCCCCUGCACCCGAUGUCGGCGGCCGUGCGACGCUGGCUGCCCGCCGAGCAGGGCGUCCUCGGCUAUAUGGUCUGGUCGCAGGACACUCCCGAGGACACUGUGCACGUGGAAGUGCGCCUUCGAGGACUAGGUGGUCGGGCGAGUGAGUACCGGGUGCACGCUUUGCCGGUGCCACUCGAGCAGCACUUCCCCUGCAAGGCCGUGCGCGAGGCCCACGGUGCUGUCACGGAGCUGAGCGACCGCUACGGGAAUCUGGCCGGCAGGAAUGACGAGUCACUGAAGGCACUUGACACCGAGCUGCAGCUGUUCGGCAACACCAGCGUGGUGGGGAAGUCAGUGGUCAUCCAGAUGGGUGAGCGCCGCUCAGCCUGCGGCACCAUCUUGCCCGAGAUAGAGUCCCGCCAGGGCCGCGAGCUAGUGGCCAUAGCCACCUUUGACCACCCGGAAUCUGCAUUGCAGGGCUACAUUCGGCUGAGGCAGCUCGAGUACAAAGAUGGCGGCACCAGUGACACGUUCAUCUUGGUUGACUUGCGCUAUCCAGGGAAGUACAACCGAAACCAGACCAGGGGUCACCAUUGGGCCGUGUACGUGAACCAAGUGGCGCACGAUGCUGUGGAGAAGAGCGAAAAGUCACGUUGCAUUGCGGCCGGCUACCGCUGGAACCCCUACCUUGCCCAAUCGGACAAGGACAGCUACCACAGCGAGUGCAGCCCACAUACACCUCUCCGGUGCGAGAUGGGCGACCUGUCGGGAAAGCUGGGGCAGCUCAGCAUCGGAACGGGCCCCGCCAUUUACACAGACACAAACCUACCACUGGUUGGAAACUUCUCAGUGCUGGGCCGCUCCAUCAUCGUGUUCGCCCAGGACGGCUCGAUGCUGCGCAAGGCCUGCGCCAACAUCAAGCACGACAUCCACCUGGUGCGGCACGUCUCGGUGCGAAAGUUCCCCGGCUUCUCCAGCGGGGCCUUCAUGGACCACAUGCGCACCAUGCUGAAUGGCAGUGACUGGUUGGUCAUGUCGGACUCCCAGGCAGAGCAGGACAUCCUGGAGGGACAGUGCACCCAACUUACGGUGCACUUUUUCGGUCCCGAAGCACAUCGUCUCCAAAUUGAGUUUGGCAAUCUGAUCAGUUUUGGCAGCGUUCGUCGACAGACAAGGACUGGUCUGAAGCUAAUCAAGACCUUCUACCGGCCUUGCAAAACACUGGACGAAGAGCUGAGUGACCAGUCCGUCCGUGUGGCAGUGAGUCUCCCAUUGCUGCUGCUGCUCCUGCUGCUGCCCCUGGCGACGGUUUAGGACGGAGGGUUGCGCCGGGCCCGGGACUGCUUGCGUGCCAGCAGGAGGAACACUGCGGCCAGCACCAAGAGCAG